GAAGUUUCAGCAGUAUGGCAUCUCCCCCAUCAGUUUGUUGACGCUCGACGUUGUCUCGUAUUAUAUGCUUGUGUUGUAAUUAAGUUAAAGCAUUUUCGCGUGUUUUAUUCUGUUAAGCAUACAAGAUGAGUCGGAGAAGACCUCAUGAAGAUGAUGAUGGUUACGAUAGAGCAUACAGAAAGAGAAGGAGGGUUUCAGAAAACCAAGAAAUCGAAGAUCGACUUGAAUCCUUAAUAUUGCGUGUCGGUGAAAAGAGCACCUCAUCUCUAGAAAGUAAUCUUGAAGGACUAGCCAGUGUUUUGGAAGCUGAUUUGUCCACCUUUAGGGCCAAAGUCUUGCGCAUUCUCACUGAUUGCGCAAUUAAAAUGCCUGAAAAAUGCUCUAUCUACACUACCCUAGUCGGUCUGCUGAAUGCAAAGAAUUACAAUUUUGGAGGAGAGUUUGUUGAGCACAUGGUGCGCACACUUAAGGAUUCAUUAAAAGCUUGCAAUUGGGACGCAGCUCGUUAUGCUCUGAGAUUUCUGGCAGAUCUUGUCAACUGCUACGUCAUCGCUGCAAACUCUUUGCUACAGAUGCUAGACAACUUAUUGGAUGUGGCCAAGGAAGAUGGUGUGCCCAACGUGCGCAAGGACUGGUACGUGUACGCUGUGAUGUCCUGCCUGCCAUGGGUGGGCCGGGAGCUGUACGAGAAGAAGGAACAGGCUCUGGAGAUGCUCAUGACCAGUAUUGAAGUGUAUCUGAACAAGAGAGCGAAGAAGCACCAGGCAGCCUUGCGUGUCUGGAGCAGUGACACUCCUCAUCCUCAAGAGGAGUAUCUGGACUGCCUCUGGGCUCAGAUCCGUAAAUUACGCUCAGACAACUGGACCGAGAAGCACCUGGUCCGACCUUAUUUGGCGUUUGACGGUGUGCUGUGUGAGGCUCUCCAACACAACAUCCCCACCAUCCUACCGCCACCUCAUCACGACAGUCACACAUACCCCAUGCCCUGGGUCGUGUUUCGGAUGUUCGACUACACCGACUGCCCUGAAGGUCCAGUAUUGCCAGGGGCUCACUCAAUAGAGAGGUUUCUAAUCGAGGAACAUCUACAUCAAAUCGUUGAAAUGUCCCAUCUUGAGAGAAAAGACUGUGCUGCUCAUUUGUUGGCAUUCCCGUAUCGGGCCAACAUCCCGCUGGACUACUGCAUCGUAGAAGUGAUCUUCAGCGAGUUGUUCCACCUGCCGACUCCCCGCUACCUGGAAGUCUUCUACGGCUCACUGCUGAUAGAGUUGUGCAAGCUAGAACCAGGGACUAUGCCUCAGGUACUUGCACAAGCAACUGAAAUACUGUUCCUAAGGAUUGAUACAAUGAACACAAGUUGCUUUGACAGGUUUGUCCAUUGGUUCUCGUACCAUUUGAGCAACUUCCAGUUCCGCUGGAGCUGGGACGAUUGGAACUCUUGUCUGCGGUUGGACCCAGAACUGCCGCCACCCAAGUUCAUCAAAGAGGUGUUACUCAAGUCUCUCAGGCUGUCGUACUAUCAGAGGAUCAGAGAGAUCGUCCCAGAAGCAUAUGAGGCUCUGGUCCCUGCCAAACCAGAACCCCACUACAAGUAUGCUGGGGAGGGUGCUGCUGCUCUUCCUGGCACACAGACAGCCACUCAGCUCAUAAAUAUCCUGAGGCAGAAGGCAUCAGCGGAGGAAGUGCUGACACUGCUGAAGGAUCUGCCGAACCCUCGUGAAGAUGAUGAGACACUCCCUGACUCACGCUUCAACCCGCUCAAGAUCGACGUGUUUGUGCAGACACUGCUCCACCUGGGUGCCAAGAGCUUCAGUCAUUCAUUUGCCGCCAUCUCCAAGUACCACUAUGUCUUCAAGAUUCUGGCAGAAAGUGAGGAGGCCCAGAUCUGUAUCUUACGCAGUCUGUACGAGCUGUGGCGAGACCACCAACAAAUGAUGUGCGUCCUCAUCGACAAGAUGCUCAAGACACAAAUUCUCGAGUGCUCUGCAGUUGCCAACUGGAUUUUCUCUAAAGAGAUGACAGCUGAAUUUACAAAGAUGUAUUUGUGGGAGAUAUUGCACCUGACAAUACGCAAGAUGUCUGCACAUGUAAAUCGUCUGGGCCGAGAGCUGGGGGAAGCACGGGAACGCGUGAGUGCACGUGGUGGUCACAGCAGCAGCAGUGAGGAGGACAAUAGCUCAGACGAGGGAAGGAACGCGGCACGCGCAGACAAGCCCACCGAGGAGAUGGUGGAGCGGAUGGAGGAGAAGCUAGAAGCGGCACAGGCUGACCAGAAGAAUCUAUUUUUGAUUAUCUUCCAGAGGUUUAUCAUGAUACUGUCAGAGCACUUAGUGAGAAGUGACACGGAUGACCAAGACUACAACACUCCCUGGUACCGCUGGACCAUUGGCAGGCUUCAGCAGGUCUUCUUGGCGCAUCACGAGCAAGUUCAGAGGUACUCCGGGACCCUGGAAACUCUCCUGUUUACUCAGGACCUGGACCCUCACAUCCUGGAUGUGUUCCAACAGUUUGUGUCUCUCAGAGCUUAACUGAAGAUCUGCUUAGUCCAUUGGUUGUGGAGGUUGUAAAACGAAGAUAACCAUGCGUGUACUUCAGAGUUUUACUAGCCAAAGCUUGGAGAAGGAUUAUUCUUUGUAAAUAGCUAAUCAUUUACACCUUGGAUAAUUUAUAUUCAGAAGUUUAUGUUACUUAAGUGAAUUUCUUAAUGGUUGGUUUGAAACCAUUUUUAUUUGUGUUAUUUACUGAUUGACGAAUAAAAUAUUUUACAUUGCCCGCA